AUGGCGCCUUCCACGUCCCUGUCAUCGCACGAGCGGACGAGGGUGGAAGACUAUUUGAAUGAUAAAAUACAGGUCUCUGCUGACCUUGAAAGUCUGAACUCGCUGCUGUCGAGCCUCCGCGCGCAGCAGGAGCUUCAGCGCAAGCAGCUAGCAGAAGCACAUGAAGCCCUCUCAAAUGCGACCAAGACAUCCAAUGACCACGCCGAAGCUACUCGGAAGCGUGCCGAGGCAUUCUCGGCGGAGCAGGCGGACAUCGACCAGCGCUUGAUGAUAAUUACGCAAUCGGAGACCAGCGACCAUGCGGUACGGAGACUUGAAAAGAGCAUGAAGAAGCUCCAGCGGUUGGAACUUUCUAAAGGAUACGUGGAGCUACUCAAGGAGGCCGAGGAAUUGAGUAAGGAAGCCCUGACGAAAAUAUCCACCGAGCCUCGCGACGCCUUGAAGCCGUAUGCCCGAUUGCGCAAUAUCGUAAUCGCGCUGAAGGAAGCCCAGCCUGCUGCUGAAGGCGCCGCCCCCCACCUUAUCGACUAUACGGAGAAGUUGGCGUCCGCAUUGAGACAACAGCUGAAGAACACCUUCGGGGACCGUCUUCAGAAGACACUUGAAUCGUUGAAAUGGCCGACUCGAGAGAUGAACAUCACCGAUAAACUGCUGGAACAGUGGAGACAGGAUGUCGAGCUUUUGAUCGACUUGCAAACACCGGAAUUACAAAGUCACGAGCCGUUGGCGAUUGGGCAGAGCGUCGAACCUCCAGUUCUAUUCCCAAUGGACGUGAUGGUGCAUCCUCUGGACCUCCGUUUCAAGUAUCACUUCAGUGGUGACAAGCCGACAAACCGACUGGACAAGCCCGAAUACUUUUUGUCGCACAUCAUGGACCUUAUUAACCAAUUCGGGGGGUUCUUCACUUCUUACCUGCAGCCAAUCCUUGAUGAAAAGGCGCAGUCGGCAGAUUCAGGCGUGGAGUGGAACUUUUAUAACGCACUUCAUGUUUUUAUCACCGCAUUGUUGCCAAUGCUGCGCCAGAAGAUCGACUCGUUUCUGCCCCAAAUAGCCAAUCACCCGCAAUUACUCAGUCAUUUUAUCCACGAGCUCAUGAAUUUCGACAACGAGAUCCGAGAGACAUGGAAUUAUCUUCCUGAUCCUUAUUCCGAAGACAACUGGAAAGGUAUGACCUGGGAGGUUCUCACUAAGCAGGGAUGGUACGACCGCUGGCUUCAAGUGGAGAAGGACUUUGCACUGGCUCGGUACAAGGAUAUCAUCGACACGCAGGAUAGCGGACAGAUUGACUAUGAUGGUGUCGAGAUUACCGCAACUAAACCGACCAAGGCUGCGAUUCGGGUAAACGAUCUUCUGGAAACCAUCACAGAACGCUACCAGCCUCUUGCCUCAUUCAGCCAGAAGCUGCGCUUCCUGAUUGAUAUUCAAAUCACCAUCUUCGACCAAUUCCAUGAACGCCUUCACUCCGCGCUAGAGGCUUACCUUGCCAUGACUUCUACCCUGGGCCGAACGGUACAAGGAAGCGAGGGGCAAGCCAGCGUGGAAGGCGUUGCCGGUCUUGAGCGACUGUGCAGGGUCUUUGGAAGCGCUGAGUAUCUCGAAAAGAAAAUGGAGGAUUGGAGCAACGACGUCUUCUUCGUCGAGCUCUGGUCUGAGCUCCAAGAGCGCGUUUUGCAGAACCGAGACGGGCGUAACGUGGCGGGCACGAUGUCUAUCGCUGAAGUGGCCUCGCGCACUUCGUCGGCUGUUGCCAACAAUGGGUCUUCCAACGCAUCCUCAUCGGACGGUGCUCUCUUCGAUGAAACAGCCUCAGCCUAUCGUCGUCUUCGACUCCACUCCGAAUCCAUCAUCACCUCUACUUUGAUUUCCAACAUCACCGCAGCCAUGAAACCAUACUCCCGCCUAGCUACCUGGGCAACGCUCUCCACCCCCUCAGCCAGUGCGACCCCCUCGCCACUCUCAAUGACAUCUGAAAUGGCACAUGCCAUGCGCACACUAUCCUCCCAGCUCUCCUUCCUCUCCCGAGCUCUCGGAGUAGCUCCUUUAAGACGAGUCACACGACAAGUUCUUCUCUCAAUCCAGACCUAUGUCUGGGAUAAUGUGAUAACAAGGAAUACAUUCUCCUCCACCGGUGCAGCUCAGCUGGCCAGCGACAUCGAACACUUAUGUAGCGUGGUUGAUACCACCCUCGGCGUAGCUGGGCAAGUGGGUGGCUCGUUACGAACUAUGAAGAAGCUCGGCGAAGUACUGCGUAUUCUCAACCUGAGUGCCGCGACUGAACAAACGGAUGAAGAAGCUGGUAUGGGACUAUGGGAUGUGGAAAAGAGGCUAUUCAAAGAUAAUGAGAGUGCUCGGGCUGUGCUUGCUGACCUUGAGAUUGAGGGGCUGAGUGAAGCUGAGGCCCGAUCUGUGCUGGAGCGACGAGUUGAGAUUGGUAAUUAG